GCGUGAGCGGCCAAAUUAAUUAAUUCAACAAGAAACUAAAGCAACUUUUAAAAUUGUUUUCAAUUGAUUAAUUUGCUCUCUCUAUUUUUUUUCUGGUCCAAGAAGCAUUGUCUAUCCAUCCAUGCAUUUGUCAUCUGCCAACUCACCUACCUGAUGGUUGGGUCUCAUAUGCAAUGUUUCUUUGAUUUUUGUUGCUAUGUAGGAGUAGUAUAUAUAGAGAGAGGGACCUGAGAUGUUGCUUGUGAGUUUCAGAGGCUAAAAGCUAGCUAGGUGUAGAUAGCUUCUUGUGAUAUAUUGCCUCUGCUUGCCAUGGCGGUAGCUCACCUUCUUAUCCAACUCAUCUCCAUGGCUGGCAAUGGUGUUGGAGCCUGCAGGGUGCAGAUUAUUCCGGCCAUUAUCUUUCUUCAGCUCCUCUUUAGAGCUCUUGGCGCGGAUGGCGCGUCGUCGUUCAGCUUCACCAACAGCUGCCAGUAUCCGGUGUGGGUGGGCGUGCUCCACGGCGCCAGCUCGCCGGCGCUGGCGCGCUCCGGCUUCUACCUCGCGCCGUCGGGCACGUACCACCUCGCCGCGCCGUCGUCGGGGACAUGGUCCGGCACGUUCUGGGCGCGCACCGGCUGCGCCGUCGACUCCUCCACCGGCCGCUUCACCUGCGCCACCGCGGACUGCGGCUCCGGCGACGUCGCCUGCAACGGCCGCGGCCCGUCGCCGCCGGUCACGCUCGCCGAGAUCACCCUCGCCGCGCCGGGCUCCGGCGGCCAGGACUUCUACGACGUCAGCCUCGUCGACGGGUUCAACGUGCCGGUGCGCCUCGCGCCGUCGUCGUCGGGCGGCGGCGGCGGCGACUGCCACGCCGUGUCGUGCGCGGGCGACGUUAACGCCGCGUGCCCCUCCGACCUCCGCGUCGUGUCCGGCGCCGGCGCCGUCGUGGCGUGCCGGAGCGCGUGCGACGCGUACCGGAGCGCGCGCUACUGCUGCACCGGCGCCUACGGCUCGCCGGCGGCGUGCGGGCCCACCGACUACUCGCAGGUGUUCAAGGCCGCGUGCCCGGCGGCGUACAGCUACGCCUACGAUGACGCCAGCAGCACGUUCACCUGCUUCGGAGCAUCCAGCUAUGACGUCACCUUCUGCCCUCGAUCUUAAUUACAAUGUGAUUGUUGCUAAUUAUAAGUUAUAUGAAACUAUAUCAUCAAUUCAUCAUUAUUAUGAUGGUUGGUCUGCUCUGCACAAUAACGAAGGGAUCGGAGAGAGAAUUAUUUAUUUAUUCUUAGGCUCACUUUAUACUUCAUACACAAGAGUCAUCAGAAACCCCCAUAUUUCAUUUGAAA